UUAAGCAACAAAAACAACGCUAGCAAGUGCAAGUGGUAAACAUAAACAAGCGCAAUUUCAAUAACAACAACUUUACGACAAAAACAGCGCGCCGUGUCUUUGCUCUGUGUGUGGAACGAAUAUACAUAUAUAUAUUGUGUAUUGGUGUUGUUAUUUUAGUGCCUUUCCGUUUAAAUAAAACAAGAAUACAAGGCAAUUAAUGCGUGCUAAUAGUAACCGGUAAACGCGCUCCUUUUGGGCCAAUAGGUGCUACAUGUGCAAACAACAACAAUAUCAACAAAAACAAGGCAAGACGCUAACACGUUGUCCUUACACUGCCGCCAAACUGGAGCAGAGUCAUGGACACCAUUUGUAGGCUGUGUUUUCAGACAGCAGCGUUAUUUCAAGUGCCCGGCUAUAGUAUACCCACGUGCGUGCGCUGCUCGGAACAGUUGACGAACAAUUCAAAUUUCCAUCAGUCGGUGCGUGUGCAAGACGGCGCUGCAGCAGCAUCGGCGGCAGCAGUUGCAGUAGCAGCGGCAGCGGCCGCUUCAACGGCAGCGGCGGCCACCUCGAGCGAAAGUGACGCAGUGGUGGCGGCGGCACAGCUGACUAACGGCAGCGCCGUUGCUGCGGUGUUGCACUUGCAGCAGCAGCACCAGCAACAACAGCAGCAGCAACAGCAACAACAACAGCAGCAACAGCAACAAUUGCAAUCAUCAAGUUCUUCCGAGAAUCUACAAUCGCAGGACGAUUCUGAAGAUGUGGAUCUCAUAUUCAAUGAGGAGGGCUCCUGCCCGCUCUGCAACAAAACCUUCUCACGCAAAUCCUCGCUCAUGACGCACAUACGGAAUCACUCGGCGGAGCGCAAAUUCGUUUGCAGCUUUUGUCAUAAAGGCUUUACUCAGGCCGCCAAUUUGCGCAAUCAUGAGCGCAUUCACACCAAUGAUCGUCCGUAUCAAUGCGUAGACUGUGGCAAGACUUUUACACAAAUAACAAAUUUAAAUAAUCAUCGACGUCUGCAUACGGGCGAGCGUCCAUUUGUUUGCAAUGAGCCGGAGUGCGGACGCAGCUUUGCUCAGGUUACCAAUCUGAACAAUCACAUGAAGUCACACCAUAAGGUGCAACAGUAUUGCUGCAAUGUGUGCAGCAAAAAGUUCACACAGGUCACAUCACUCAAUCAGCAUCUGCAGGCGCAUGCUGGCGUCACCGGCUACUACUGUCCCCGCUGUCCGGAGAAGAACUUUAAGCUGCAGUCGCAGCUGCAUACGCACAUGAAAACCCACGGCUUGGCCUUUCCCUACGAGUGCAGCAAGUGUGAUGAGAAAUUCCUGCAGCAAUCGCAUCUCGAUCAGCAUUUGAAGAUGCACGACGAGUUCAAGUACAAAUGCGACAUUUGUCCGAGCAGCUUCAAUCAGGAGUCGCUGCUCAAGAAGCAUGUGCAGCGACAUGUCGAGGGACGCUACCUCAACUGCCCCGUGCCCAAUUGUGCGGAAUCGUUUGCGGUGCGACAGCAUCUCUCCAAGCAUUUGCUCACAAAUCAUUCGCACCACGAGCUGCCACCACCGAAGCGUUCCAAAAAGACCAUCACGCUGCAGUCGCCACAGCAGCCGCUGACCAUGAUUGGCCAGCCGCUCUCCUUGCAGCACACAACGGGGCAGCGUGGACGACCGCCCAAGCAUAAGAAAGCCGCACUGGCUGCCUCGGCCAUCAAAAUUGAGAUCAAUGAACCCUUGCAUAGUCAGCACAUAAUCAAUAGCGCCAGCGGUCUUUCCAUACAGCAACAGAUCAAUCAGCAUAUGCAGCAACAAGCCCAACAGCAGCAACAGCAGCAGCAGCAACAACAACAACAGCAGCAGCAGCAGCACUUACAUUUGCCCAUGGGCCAAACGAUCAAGGCACGCUUUAUACCCACAAAAUAGAGAAUAAAUAGACAACAUAUAGAAAGUGAGAGACAGAGAGCGGGAGAGAGAGAGAUAGCAUCAUAUGCUGCUGAUUAAUGUAACGUUUGCGGUUGUGCUGGGCGUUCGAAAUUAAGCCAACAAUUAAUUCAAAUGAAAUCAAAUUCCUCUGCUUUAUUUGCUCUCAAUUACAACUCCAUAGUCCAUAGUCCAUAGCCCAUAGUCCAUAGCAGUAUACUACUUACUCACACACACAUAUUCCCAUUAGCACAACAGACAUAGCAAAUCCAUAGUAUAUAUAGCUGAUGAUAAUUCACAAAUUUUAGCGUCUCAAAGGAUAAGCAGCUGCAGAUGCUGCUGGCUCAGAUUGCAUCUGCUUCUUCCCCAGCCAGAACCCAAAAAAAAACAACAACAGCGACAACAACAAAAUUGUAUAAUGCAGUAAAAUUGUAUAUUUCGUUUCUCUUUGUUAAGCAAUUG